AUGCAGUUGAGUUUCUUGAAAAAACUGGUUACGUUUAGACAAGAUUCAUAUGCAGAGUUUGUUGAUGCAUUUGCAAGCAGCACCAUCAAUAGUGCAAUAGAGAUUGCAAAGAAGAUGGAGAGCACAGAGCCGUUAUUUUUGGUUGCAUGCCGUCUUCUUGAUGUGAUAAGCAAUCCAGGCGAUCUAUUGAAGAAGAAUCUGUUUAUUGCAUCCAUCAGACGCACAGGAGUAAAGACAUGCACUAUAUGGAUGCUAUACAAGAAAGGUAUCCUAAUAAAAGAGCUGUUUAAGUAUCUCGAUACAAAAAGCACGAGGGAUUACAUAUACUACCUUAGCCUGAAGGAAGUAUUUCUGCAUGGGCAUUAUAUGCUGAUGGAAAAGGGAAACAUGCAUGAAUGCAUAGAGUAUUUGCUGGAUAAUCUGGAUGACUGGGAUUUGUAUAAAUAUGCACUGGACAACGGUAUAAAGCUUAAAUCCAGGAGCAGCAUAAAUCACGAAUAUUACCUUUUGCACAUGCUUGGAGAAGAAGACAGAGCAAGCAGAUUGAUUGAAUCAAGAACAUGCAUUGAGGAGAUAUCAAGAAUCGCACAGCUUGGAAGCUUAAAAUCGCAUCCUGACGCAGUUAUUAAUUGUAUUAUUGAACUUGAGAGUGUUGGAUUUAGCAGUGAAUUGUUAAGAAGAGCAUACGGCGUUUACAUGAAUGAAAAGUCAUUUUUGAGUGUGAAGAUGAUAGUUGCUUGUCUUGUGGCAUUUAAGAAGGCUGAGAUGCUUGUUCUUGCACUUUACAUCUCGUUCAAGCACAGAGAUGAGUUUGAGCAGAACUACGAGAUUCAUGUGAUUUAUAUGUUUCUAUGCAGAUACUUUUGCUUUUACACAUGUGUUAUUGAUACCAUGAAGCUGUUAAAUAUCAAGAAUGUUCAGAUUGUGAGUAUGUCAUUUAUAUGGUCUGACAUAUUGUUCACGAGACAGAUUGAAACUCAGAACAUCACCAGCUAUGAAGCAGUGGAGAUGAAUAAGAGAAUAUGCGAAGUUAAUGAAGCGAUUGAAUGCAGUGUGGAUGAACUUGGUAAAGGAUUAAGGUAUUUGAUUACAUCAGGAAAUCUUCCGCAUGCGAUUGAUGCAACAGAGUAUAGGAGAUCUCUUAUAAACUGUGCAACAGUGCGUGAGAUGCGUGAACGGAAGAUCGCUGCUUCUGAAGCAAGUAAUGCAUUCUGCGGUAUGCUUGGAAAGUCAGCAAGAUAUUUGUUUGAAAAGAUGACGACAGAAAAGAUUCCGACGAGUGCAAGCAUGUUUUUGACUGACAAAGAUGUGUAUACUCCCGAGUGCUUGGAAAGCUUGUUUGAAAACGAAUUGUGUAGAAUUGAUGACGAAGCGUUCUGUAUGCUUUUCAAGUCUUGCAUGGCAAGGAGUCUUGCAGAUAGUAGAUUAGAGAAAUAA